AACUCUUUCUUUCUCACAGAUCUUAUGAUAAUAAAAUUACCUACCAUCAUGACGCUAAUAAAUCCUGAGACAACCGGUCUCGUCUAUCUCUCUGGUGAUAUUCUAGUUGAAAUCUUCUCUUACUUUUGCCUGCACUGUCGAGGCGACCUACGACCUGUUAAAGGCGUCGGAACCCCGCAUCAGCAUAAGCAACGUCGUGAGCCUCAGCAACUCGACCAAAAGUCGUGGUAUUAGAUCGAUAAAUAUGCCUUAUUCUCGCUCGCUGCCUCUCGCAAAGCGCUUCAUCCCAUUGCAGAGGAUAUCCUGUACCAUGACUUUGCACCCGGUUAUGGCGACUCUGAACUGUCCGAGCUUUAUACCUAUGGCCACAGACUGAACCAAUUCAUGCGCAACGUUGGAAGACGCAAAGACCUCGCUGAGAAGGUCCGCAUGAUCUUCGUUCAUCCAAAGCACUCCAACCUGGAUGUGAAACAAAUCGUACUGUCUUUGAAGCAGGGUGCCGCUGAUCUGGGCAUCGAUAUUGUGAAAGCUUGGCGGUACCGGGCAAAACACUUUAUGAACCCUUGGAGGCCUGCGCGGAGAACAAGAUGGGGAGAGGAAGAGUAUCUAUUCAUGCUCAAUUCAGCCUUCACCGAUGAAAUCUUAGAGUAUCCAGCACUAAGUUAUCAUGUGGGAACGAAUAAUUUCUACAAGGUUUUGCACCAUGAGCUCAUCCCAAUGCUGAUUGCAUUACUCCCCAAGCUGGGUCACAUCAUUUACAAAUCCAACUCCAUAUUUGACAGCUUUAAAAAUACCGCUCUUGAAGCUCUAGGAGUGACAGAGCUCCCACAUCUUCGGACAUUGGAAAUAGACAAGGAUCUAUUUUCCAUUCUCAAAAGGGCACCGGAUUUGGAACGGCUUGACAUUAUCACCUCUCCCUUUUUUGGGAAGGCUGGAGACUCACUCGGCGAACGGUCUAAGAUCAGAACUCUCCGAUUGGAAAACAUAUCAUCCCCUUCAGCGCUCAGCGAACCACUAUCAUUCGCAGCCAAGGACCUUCGGUCGCUCGUUAUUGAAUCUUGUGAGAAGUUUACAAUGAGAUUCUCUGAGUUCUCAAUGCCCGGGUUCUCUGCGGAUGUUAUUGAAAAGAUACGCGAUUAUCGGCACAGUUUGGAGACGUUACACUUGGACCUUCGCGACGUGAUUGAAAGCUCUCCCUCCUACCCUCCCGACUGCACGUUUCAUGACUUUGAGAAGCUUGAACAUGUCUUUUUGAACAAGCGGCUUGUUUUUCACACUUUACGCGAUCUCGAGGGUAUUGAUGGCCCGACGGUGGAGGAUCGUCAUGCAAUUACCCGGCUAUUAGCACCGUCGAUAGUAUCGCUGCACUUGGUCUGGGACGGUCUUGAUAUUGACCGCCUCGAACAAGGAUUGAUGGGACUUGUUGAUGCAACGACUGAUCGCUUUCAACAUCUGAAGCUUGUUGGUCUUGACUACGAGGAGAGGCUAGAUGAAACGGUUCAUCAUGCCAUGCUUGAGGCUGGUAUUGAGUUCACAUACGAGCGUUGGCCAGUUUCUUUUGAGAGUGGGCCAGGUGCGGAAGAACCUGAUGAUGAAUGGAUAGGUUAUGGGAUCCAAUGA